GGAAGACUGAGGUACUAUAAUGGCAGUGAGCAUCUGUUUCAUCUUCUGGGGGUUAUUUGUGAUGAAUUCCGUAUGGACUCGAAGUGUGAGACAAGUGUAUGACAUAAAUGAUCCAGAGGAUUUCAAUGAACAUGACUUUGAUUGUCCCAGGGAAUGUUUCUGUCCCCCAAAUUUCCCGACAGCUUUGUACUGUGAAAAUAGAGGUCUUAAAGAAAUCCCUGCUAUUCCCUCGAGAAUCCGGUAUCUUUAUAUUGAGAACAACUUGAUAGAGACAAUUCCUGAGAAGCCUUUUGAGAAUGCCACCCAGCUGAGAUGGAUAAAUCUAAAUAAAAAUAAAAUAACUAACUAUGGGAUUGAAAAGGGAGCCCUAAGUCAGCUGAAAAGGUUGCUUUUCUUGUUUCUGGAAGAUAAUUCACUAGAAGAAGUUCCUGCUCCUUUACCAAGAAGUUUAGAACAAUUACAAUUAGCAAGAAACAAAGUCUCAAGAAUUCCUCAGGGAACCUUCAGCAACCUGGAGAAUUUGACCCUCCUUGACUUGCAGCACAAUAAACUAUUUGACAAUGCCUUCCAAAGAGAUACCUUCAAAGGUCUCAAGAAUCUCAUGCAGCUUAAUAUGGCCAAGAACUCCUUAAAGAAUAUGCCCCCAAGAUUACCAGCGAACACUAUGCAACUCUUUUUAGAUAACAAUUCGAUUGAAGGAAUACCAGAAAAUUAUUUCAAUGUAAUACCUAAGGUGGCCUUCCUGAGGCUCAACCAUAACAAACUAUCAGAUUCAGGUCUCCCUUCCAGAGGGUUUGAUGUAUCAUCCAUUCUAGAGCUUCAACUGUCUCACAAUCAACUCACAAUGGUUCCCCGAAUCAGUGCUCACCUUCAGCAUCUUCAUCUUGAUCACAACAAAAUUAAAAAUUUGAAUGUCUCUGUUAUUUGUCCAACUCCCCCAAUGUCGCCUGCAGAAAAAGAUACCUUCAUCUAUGGACCUCAUCUCAGUUAUCUCCGUCUAGAUGGAAAUGAAAUCAAACCACCAAUCGCAAUGGAUUUAAUGACUUGUUUCAAACUUCUUCAGGCUAUUAUUAUUUAAUCAUAUGUCAACAAUCUAAAAUUGAGUAACAAGCCAAUUUUAUAACACAAACAUUGAU